AUGAAUUCUGACCUGGGUCUCGUCAGUCACCUGCAGCAUCAGACCGAUCGCAUCAGGAACGUGUGCGUGCUGGCUCAUGUGGACCACGGCAAGACCACGCUGUCGGACCACCUGAUCGCCUCCAAUGGCCUCAUCCACCCGAGGCUGGCCGGGGAGCUUCGCUUCCUGGACUCUGGGGAGGAGGAGCAGAUUCGGGGCAUCACCAUGAAGAGUAGCUCCAUCACCCUCAUGCACCUGGCUGGGGAGAGGGGCGGCCCACGCAGGCAGAGGACGCCCGCAAACAUGCGGGAAUCAGGUCCUUGGCACCUCAUCAACCUCAUCGACUCCCCCGGCCACAUCGACUUCUGCAGCGAGGUCUCCACGGCCGUCCGCCUGUCAGACGGCGCGCUGGUGGUCGUGGAUGCCGUCGAGGGGGUCUGCAUCCAAACGCACGCCGUGCUUCGACAGGCCUGGGAGGAGCGGCUGGACAUGGUGCUGGUGAUCAACAAGAUCGACCGCCUGGCCCUGGAGCUGCGAUUGGGUCCCGAGGAAGCAUACGCACGGCUGCGGGCGGUGGUGGACCACGUCAACCUGGUGGUCUCCUCCUUCCACUCCGAGCAGUUCAUCAGCGAGGCCGAUGCGGACGAUGCCGGGGCGGAGGACGUGUUCUCGCCCUCCAAGGGCAACGUCGUCUUCGGCAGCGCGGGCGACGGCUGGGCCUUUGGCCUGGCCGACUUUGCCGGCCUGUAUGCUGCCAAGCUGGGGUGCAAGGCCUCGGCGUUGGAGCGGGCGCUGUGGGGCGACUACGCCUUCCAGCCCAAGACAAAGCGCAUCCUGCCCAUCCGCCCCGGCUCCGGCGGCAAGCCCCUCUUCGUCCAGUUUGCGCUGGAGCCGCUCGAGGCCGAGGAGCGGGCCAUGCGUGAGUGCACGCCCGCCGGCCCGCCCCUCGUGUACAUCUCCAAGAUGAUCUCCGUCCCAGCCAACGUCCUGCCCAGGCAACCCGGCACAGCACCCAGCGCUGACCCGAGUCAAGAAAUCUUCCUCGCCUUUGGCCGCGUGUUUGCCGGCACGCUGCGGACCGGCCAGGCCCUCUGCGUGCUGCCCGACACACACAACCCGGCCGACCCGGCCGCGAUAGCCGCCGCACGCAGCGUCACCCCCUCCGCCCUCUACCUGAUGAUGGGGCGGGGCCUGGAGCCCCUCGCCGCCGUCCCCGCCGGCAAGGCCGCGCCCAUCGUGCGCGUGGCGGUGGAGCCGGCCGACGCCGCCGACCUGGCGGCGCUGGAGGCGGGGCUGGCCCUGCUCGCCCGCGCCGACCCCAUGGUGCGCCUGGAGGCGCGCGCCAGCGGGGAGCGCGUGCUUUGCGCCGCGGGGGAGGUGCACCUGGAGACGUGCGUGAAGGACCUGGAGGCGCGCUUUGCUCGCUGCAGGAUCAUCGUGUCGCCGCCCCUGGUGGCCUUCAGGGAGUCGCUGGCUGCGCCUGAGGACGCGGAGGCCGCCCACACCCCCGCCCCAGGCGCCCAGCACGCCCAGCACGCCCACGGCCCCGUGGUCGAGGCGGCCACGCCCACGGGCGCCGUGGCCCUCCGCCUCCGCGCCUUCCCCCUGCCCUCGCCCCUGGCCGGUGCCCUGGAGGCGGGCGCCGCCGUGCUGCAGGCGGCGCUGGGCGAGGCGGGGCGCGGUGCGGGGCCUGGCGAGCGCGAACGCGAGGCGGCCGCCGAGCUGGGCCGCCGCCUGGCCGCCUCCGCCGAGGGCGCCGAACUCCUGCUGGCGCGGGCGUGGGCGCUGGGACCGCGCCGCGUGGGGCCCAAUGCCCUGCUCCUCUCCCCCACAUCGCCGGGGCAGGGCGCAGGCGGGCCCACAACCGGUCUCUGGGACGUGCCACCGCCCGGCGUCCUGGCGGUGGGCGGGCGGCAGGGGCGCGGCGCACGCCCGCCCAGCCCCGCCGGCGUGGGCCCGGCGGCGGCCGGCGCCGCGCCGGCCGAGGGGGCAGGAGCUGACGAGGCGGUGGAGGAGGCACGGGCCACGCUGCGCAUCGCGCUGGGCCGGCCGGAGGUGGCGCAGGUCCUCUGCCUGGGUCAGGGGGGCGCACACGCCGGGAACGCGGAGGUUGACGCGCAGGGAACGGCUCUGGGCCUGUCUGCCGAGGGCGUGGCGCGGCUGAGGGACAGCAUCGAGGCCGGGGUCCUGGCUGGCUUCGGCAUGGCCACCGAGGCAGGGCCUCUGUGCGACGAGCCCAUGUGGGGCGUCGGCUUCGAGGUGGAGGCCAGGGUGGUGGGGUCCGGGGACGAGGCCUCCCCCGCCCCGCGCACGGGCGAGGACGUUUACGGGCCUCUCAGCGGCCAGAUCGCGACGUCCUCGGAGGGUCUGAGCGCGGUGUACGCUGUGCUGGGAAGACGGCGGGCGAGGGUGCUGCGGGAGGAGCUGCGGGAAGGCUCCGACCUGUUCAUGGUGCACGCCUACCUGCCCGCCGAGAGCUCGUUUGGGUUCGUGGAUGAGCUGCGGCGGCGCAGCAGCGGGGCGGCCUCCGCCUCCCUCCUGCUCAGCCACUGGGAGCGGCUGGGGGUGGACCCCUUCUUCGUCCCCACCAGCCUGUUGGAACGGGAGGAGUGGGGCGAGGAGGGGCAGGGCGUGGGGGCGGCGAACCUGGCGCGCAAGCUGAUCGACGCCACGCGCCGGCGCAAGGGCCUGCCGGUGGAGGAGAAGGUGGUGGAGAGCGCCACCAAGCAGCGCACGCGGGCGCGCAAGGUGUGA